AUGAAGAAUCGCCUCGAGGCGGAACAGGCGGCGGCGAAGCGGCGCCAGGAUGCGGCGCUGAAGGCGGAGCGGACAAAGCGCGAAGUCGACCGUGUCGCAGCGAUUCGUGCGCGCGGCGCAGACCGCCUCGACGCGAGCCGACAAGCGUACCGGGUCUUGCCACCCAAGCUUUACGUGGGUCACGAGGCUCAAGAAGCGCUCGCAGACCUCGUCGUCAUCGACGUUGGCGACAACAAGCUCGAGAAGCUGCCGAGCGGCUUUCUCAUGUGGUUUGCGAGCCUGCGCUACUUGCGCCUGGCGGGGAACCGCCUCACGUCCCUCCCGAAAGACGAACUUGGUAAGAUGGGACGUCUCGAAGUCCUCAAGCUCGACAGCAACGACCUCGAGCGGAUCCCCGAGAGUGUCGGCGAGCUCCGAAGCCUUCGCGAGCUCGACGUGAGCAAUAACCGUCUCUGCGAGCUCCCAGAGAGCCUCCAGUUCGUCCAGUCUAUCGAGUGCCUUCGCGCGAGCAGCAACAGCCUCGUCAAGCUCCCCGACGUCUCCGGCCUCCAGCUCCUCCGCGACCUCCAGCUAAGAGGGAACGCGCUUUUCGAGCUCCCCGAUGACCUCCCGGACCUCAUCUCCCUCACACGCCUUGACGUUCACAACAAUGCGAUCCACAAGCUCCCGCCGCGUCUCGGCAACUUGGUCAAGCUCCGCGUCCUCAACAUCUCCAGCAACCGUAUCGUGACCUUCCCCGACAGCGCAAGUGGCCUUCUCAAUUGCGAAGUGUUCUUGCUCCGCGAGAAUGAGCUCACGCUCUUGGGCCCCUGGAUCGGCGGCUGGAAGCGCGCCGCCUUCGUCGAUGCCACAGAGAACCGCAUCGAGAGCGUCGAUCGCGCCGUUGGGAGCCUCCGCAACCUCAUCGAGCUCCGGCUUAGCCGAAACCGCAUAGAGCAGCUCCCGCCAGAGAUAGGCCUCGCGCGCGCGCUCGAGUGCUUCGACGCGUCGGCAUGCCUGCUCUGCCGCCUCCCCGUCGAGCUUGGCGCCCUCGCCGUCCUCCACACCCUGCGCCUCCGGCGAAACGCCAUAUCUGGCCACCUUCCUGAGCAGAUUGGGCUCCUCCGCAGCGUCACAGACCUCGACCUCUCCAGGAACACCAUUGAAUCGCUCCCCGACACCAUCGGUGGCCUCGAGGAGCUCGUCAAGCUCGACCUAAGUCACAACCGCCUCAGCACCCUCCCCGAGGCCGUCGUCCAGUGCGCGCGACUUCACGAGCUCUACCUCAGUUCGAACCGCAUCAAGAAGCUCCCGCUCCACCUCGGCGAGUGCGUAUCCCUCCGCGUCCUCGACCUCCAGUCGAACGUCAUCGCCGAGAUCCCAGCGAACCUCGCCUGCCUGGUCAACCUGAAGAAGAUCUACCUUGGCAAGAAUCUCCUCCGCGCGCUCCCGCUUGACGUCGUCAACCUCUGCGAGACUGUCGACGAGCUUCACCUCGAUCGCAACCCC